AUGGAAAAGAUUAAAUAUGAAAUUAUCAUGAUUGAUUGGGGAUUUUAUAAUAAAUUAUUACAAACAAAUCCAGCAAUUAGUAGAACAAUUGAGGCAAUAUUAAUUGUUUAUGAUAUUACAAAUGAAGAAUCAUUUCAAAAUAUCCAUAGAAAAUAUUAUCCUUUAAUUAAUAAUAAAUUUAGUGAUGUAUCUGGUGUUAUUGUAGGAUAUAAAACAGAUCUAGAAGCUCAAAGAAAAAUUACAAUGGAUGAUGCAUUAACUUUAGCUGAUUGGUUAGGCUAUAAAUAUGUUGAAAUGUCUUCAAAAGAUACAGAAGAUCAUUCAUCAAUAAUUAAAGCAUUAGCCCAUUCAAUAAGAAUCAACCGUUUAAAGAUUGAACAAUCAUAUGAAUAA